CGUGUCUAGACCAACAUAUAUAUGAACUGCCUGAUCUGACAAAAUCCAUAUCAGAUGUGAAAAAAGAGUUCGUAAUUCACAAAGUGCGGAUGAAUUGAUGUUUUUGAUUCAUAUGCUGGGUUGGUAAGCUUUGAGUGAAUUCAUUUGGAAAACAAUUGAAAAUGGACUUUUUAAAAAGAACUCUGUACCAGAACAGACUAUAGAAGUGCAAGUAUACAUUAAACGGAAUCAAACACUGCGUGUGCUCAUCUAAAGCAAUGCAUUUACCAAGUGAUACGAUUCUCAUUCUCAUUGUCGGUGAUAUUGAUAUCAAGGAACAGUCACUGUCGUAGAAUAUCGUGUCUGGUGCAAUCAGAUUCGAUCCAAGGACUAUUGGGUAUCUUUUUCUUUUUUUUUCAUCAUUUCAUUUUUGAGAUCGUACGUAUCGUGAUGAUGAACCAAUCCAGGGUUGUAGAACCGACCUUCACUUUUGGUGCCGUGACCAGGAUAAAUGAUAAGCAGAUGUCCUUGAUAAGAGCGGAAUGAACAAUCUUCCUCCAAAGCUAUUUAUAGCCUAGCAGAGAGCAGAACAAGACAUGGAGGAAGACACGAGAGGAAAUGGCUACCCUACUGGACAGGAAGGCACAAAAGGAAAUGGUUACCAGGCUACUGAACAAGAAGAUGUACAAGGAAGUAGCUACCCUACUGAACAGGAAGACGCAAGAGGAAGUGGCUACCCUACUGAACAGGAAGGCAGCAGUGAGACUCAAGACACAAUAGAUAAAGCACUGAUUGAUCUUCUGACGCUAGCCAAAAUCUUAAAAGAGAAGAUAUCACAUCAGAAAAUGCCCCAUACCAAGUCAGAUCAACAAGUGUCCAGUGGAACCUCGUACAGCUGUCGUUCACAUCAACAGACAAAGUCGGCCCCAGCAGGACGCUCAGUGUCAAGAGAUGUUCACCCUGCAGGAUCAACUGUAGGGAGAACAUCUGAAACACAAAUCUCACCAGACUCUUUACAUAAGAGUCCCAUGAAAAAGAAGAUACACAGCGGAAACUAUCCAUGUCAUAUCUGUUGGAAACAUGGUAUUCACCCAUCCAGUGUUCAUAACCAAAGAGAGGGCAUCGAGCAACUGAGGAGGACACAGAGUCAACACAGAAAGCAAACACAUUCAUCAACCCAUAAAAUGGAACCAAAUCCCAGAGAUAGACCUGGUGACACCGUUAAUCCUUCCAUAGUCCAUCACAGAGAUAGACCUGGUGACACCGUUAAUCAUUGUCAGAAAGCCUAUACCAGUGUCUCACCAGCAGCACCCAAGGCAUCUAAUGAAUCUGCCACUAAUCAUAACAGUAGUGCUUUACAAAUUAGAGACACCCAACACAUUCCCAGUGUACCAAGUCAAACUUACGAUUCCCAGCCUGGGAAAUACCAACAUUUGGAAGUCCAAGCUACUAGUGUGAAGCCAGUCAUGACUAAUAGACAGGAAAGCACUGUUAAGCAAUCUGAAAUGACUGAUGGUGCAGAUAAUAUGCAUACAUCUAAUUCUCAAUCAAAAUCAGUCAAUGUAGACAAGAAGUUAGAUGGUAGGCCUAUAUCUGAAUUUUCUCAGGUUCAAAGUACAAAGUCAGGCUACAAACUUACAGCCAAUGAUAGUCAGAGAUACUCAACAAGUUACAAUUCUACCUCACACAAAACACAAACUUCACCAAAAUUAACUACAGAACAAAUGCAUAUAUCACAUCCACAGCAAUCACCACAAUCAUUAACAGCACACGGUAAGGAAUAUGGUAAUUCCAUGCAUAAAAAUCAGCAUUCAAAAUCUACAACACAAAAAGCAGCAGCUAAUGACAACACCUCUCACAAAACAAAUAACAGUCAGUGUAGGGAAAAGACUCACACAAAAUCACAUCAUUCAAUCUCCAAAGUAAGUGUUACGAAUCCCAGCUCAAAGAAUGAAGAAAUAUCUAGAUCAGGAAAGCUGAAAUCCAGUAGUAGUGCUAAAUGUCUAGAGCCAUUGAAAAUUCCAAGCAGUGCUCAAAAGAAGUGUGAAAAUUCCAUUAGUGCUCAGUAUCCUCCUGGGAUUCAAAAAACUUUAGAAGCAAUUGCCAGUAAGUUAACGAUGAUCAAUGCAGACUGUAGAGCAGCUUCAUCAUCAGGGAAAAGUUCUUUUAAAUCCAAAGCAAAGAAUUCAUUGCAAGUGAAAUCUACAGAGAGGAAAUCUAUAACGGAUUUAAUUGAUGAAGUAAAAUCCACUAAACUCCAUCAAAAGGACAAAAAGUCACAGAGUUGCACUCAAGAAAGAAGCAGGAGUCGCGACAAAGAUUCUGUAAAUGUACAAACUGAUGCCAACUCUUCAAAAGAUGCAAGUCAUGUAGGAUCAAAUAGACAAGAAAACAAAGUGAACCUUAAAAAGUCAAAAGAAGAUGUGCCUGGAAAAGAAUCAUCAAAAAGAAAGUCGAGCAAUAAAGUUUCUUUUGAGAAUCAUGUCAAUAGUAGUGAAAAUCAACUGAAAAAGUCUGAGAUACAAGAUCAUCACCAGAAUUCCACAUUACACAAAAACAAUAAGACCCAGGAUCAAAACCUUUCCAUUGAAGAUUUGGGGUUGGAUGAGGAUCUGCCUCUUCUUGUCCGAAGCAGAAGAUACUCAGAUAAACAACGUCAAACUCACCAUAAAACACACACUCCUGAAAGUGAAACUAGGAAACACUCAACAGAUUCUGUACACACUGGAAACAAUGAAAACAAGGAAAUACAUCACAAUGUCAAUGACGUUGUAAAGGUUGGUGAUAUUGCAACUGCUGAACACAAAGAUACUAGAACAAUAGAAUCCAAACACCAAUCUUCUCAAGAAAAGUUGGCAAUGCAAGAAGACAAUUCAAACAAAAUUGAUGAAAAAUUAGAUGUAAACCACAAGGCAUCUGGAAAAGAUGAACAAAACUUUGAGAAUGCUAGUGACUGCAUUGAGGCAGGCAUUUGUUGCAAAUUUUUGAACUUUUUGUCUCGAUCACAGAGCAUCAAAAACAUCCCUUCUGAAUCAAUGUGUGAUGGCGCAAAGACAAAUCCUGAUAACACAAAGCAUUCUAAUUUGUCAGCAAAACGUCAAAAACAUAUCCAAGGUACCACAGAAAUAAGAGAGAAGGGCAUUGGCUACCACAUAAAUGAAACCGAUGUGAAAGGACAGGAAAGUGACAAGAAUUCAGCAAUAAAUAAAUCUCAAACAAACAUUGGUGAAAGUUCUGCUGAAGAUGUAAACAAGCAUAUAAACUUGAUAUUGACAAACAUUAAAAAGGAACCUGAGUGGAAUAUUUCUCCAAGUGAAUCCUUAAAUCAUAAAACAAAUGAGACAAGGAGUGAAAGUCAGAGCCAAAAGAAAGACAGUGGCAGAAACAUUUGGGAAGACCUACGACUCCAACAAGAUCAACGACUUCAUCAUGAACCAGGUUCAAAGCAAUUACUUCAGCAUACGACAGAAGAAACUAUACAAACACCAGGGGAAAACCCUACAAAAGAGAAAAUGCAAAUCAAAGAGCCAAAGAAAUCAAAUUCAGGUGAAGUCCAACUGACAUGGCAGCAACUGAUGAAACCUAUUCCUGAGUCUCCUCAAACUGAGAGAAAACCUACACUGAAGUCAAUCAUAAAAACUGAACCUGUGUCUCCUGCAAUUCCUACCAGUAACCAUGCACCAUCUCUCAGAAAUGAAACAGAAUCUGGAGAACAAAACACAUUCAUCAAAACUGAACCAGUAUCUCCUACAAUUCUUACUGAUAACCAUUAUCAGUCUCUCACUAAUGGAAAACAAUCUGGACAACAAAGUCGCAACAUAACUCAACUGGAUAAUCUACAGGGGGGAAAAGAUGAGCAUAAAUCAGAUGAUGCUGACAGAUUACAAGAAAAUACACAAACUAAAGAAUCAAUGUACAAACAAAAUCAAGACAAGAAUAUCCAAAAAUCAAACAAACAAACUGAAGAAGUGAAAAUCCAGAAUGUGAAUGCAAAGCAAACACCAGAAAAUGAUAUGAAUCAUGCAGCUGAGAGUGAUUCAAUUCCACACAACUCAACUGAAGUUCCAACACACACAGAAAUUCAACAGCCCAACUCGAUACAAGUUAACAAAGAUAACACAAAGGAAACCGACACAACAUCACGUGAUAAAAAUAUCUCAACACAGGCAUCGCCAAAUGAAUCUGCUUCUGAAACAAUUAUUUGCAAAGACACCAAAAAUGUUCUAAUAACCCCAUGCUCUGGAGACAAAGAAAGUGAAUACAUACUACAAACAGGCAACAACUUAAAUGAACAGCAAAUUGAAGUAAAAAGAGAGGUUAAUCCUUCCGCAGAUCCCUUUCCUGUAUCAGAUUUUGGUAAAUCUAGCAAAGAUUCAACGGUGAUUAAACCCCAAAUAUCACCCAUAAGACCCAUACCAGAUAUGCAAGGAAUAGAAAAUGGUGAUAAGGCAGUUGACCCUGGGGAAUCCAAGAAUUCAAAUGAAGAAAGCAGUAGCACAUGUAACAUUGUACAGGGUGAUAGGAAAGAUGAAACAAGCACCUGUAACAUUGUACAAGGUGAUAGGAAAGAUGAAACAAAAAAGAAAGCCUCUACUGAUCAACAGAGAUAUCUAAAGUCUUCAACAUUUUGCCAAUCUGAAGAAAAAAGCCCCAUGAUCAGAAAAACCACAGCUAACAAAAGGAUUGUGAUGCUGAAAAGCACCUUUCUGCCCCAGUUUUCAUCCAAUCAAUUCAAAAACCCUUCAGUGAGUAACUCCACAGAUGAAAUUAACAAUCCUAAUAUUAAAAGAAAUGAAUCCAACAGCACUGCAUGUAAACAUAUUGUUCAGUCAGAGAAGAAGAAAAAGAAAUCUAUCUCCAGUAUUGUAGUUUCUGUUAAUGCAAACAAAACAGUGAGAAAAACUACAAAGCAGACAAGGGAGCAGUCAGUUGCACGCCAAAUAGUGAAAAAAAGAAUUGCUUCAACACCAGCAAGGUCACUCAAAUCAUCCUCCAUUGGAUCAAAAAGAUUACUCCAGCAAAAUACUAGAACAAUGACCAGCAGAGAAAAAGAAAUAUCAAUAAAGUCAUUUAAAAAAGAGAUAAAACAUAAAUCACGUGAUUCAGAAAGAAAUUUGAAAAAUACUGAUGAAACAUUCGGGAAUAGGAGCUCUAUAAGAGAUAAUGAAAGAGGAACAAGGCAAAGCAACACUGUGUGCAGUUGUUUGAGAUGUACUUGUGAAAGACGAGAGUUGGGACAAUCUCAAAGAUACUCAGACAGAUACAGAGAAAAAUCACCAGAUGAUAAGUACAGACGAUAUUGGCCCAGAUUCACAAGUCCAGAUAGGAAUAACUACAACAGAGAUGAUUACUGGACCCAUGAAACAAGAGUUUAUGAGAGGUAUCCCAGGCGAGAAUCCUCUCCACCACUGCCAUCCUCAUCAGGUGAAAGAGAAAGUUGGAAUUCAAGAUAUGAUGUAUACCGGAGAGAUAGAUUCCUAUAUCAUAGAUCUCAAUCAACAGCAUAUAUAGGGAGGUCACCAAGAACUCCAUCACCACCAUACCAAUGGACUCCACCUUCUAGCAGGUCAAGGUCACCACCUCACAGAUUAAGGUCUCCUCUUCCUAGGUCUAGAUCACCAAUUUACAGAUCAGCAUCUCCAAAGCGAAGAUCAAGAUCUCCUAUGCUGAGAUCAAGAUCUCCAAAGCCAAGAUCAAGAUCUCCUCUUCCUAAGUGUAGAUCACCAAUUUACAGAUCAGUAUCUCCAAAGCGAAGAUCAAGAUCUCCUAAGCUAAGAUCAAGAUCUCCUAAGAGAAAAUCAAAAUCUCCUGUGUAUAGAGGAUAUGUAGCUCCAAGAAGUAAAAGCCUGUCAUCAUGGCCACCUGAGCCUCAAUGGUCAAGUUUCUCUUCAGAUUCUACAGUAUUGAAUUUCAAAGACAGAAAGAAAACUGAACCUUCCACUGUCAGAUCAGAGUCUAAUUCAAUGUCUACAAAGAAAAUUAGACAAGAUACCCUUACAACUGCAAAACCAUCAAAACCUAGUAAUAAAUCUCAAACACAGACACCAACACAAAAUAAUUUGAACAAUCCACUCUCAAAAAAUUCAACAGUGACAGGGAAAAUGGAGGAUGUCAAGGAAACAGAAAUCAUGGCAAAAGUUAGCUCCAGUUCAAGUACCUGUGAUGCUUCCACAGACUCAGACAAAAUCAUAGCUAAUUCUUUGAACCGAGCAAACCAGCUGCAGACAAUCCAGGUUAAGAUGGAUCAUUCAAGGCGGUUAUCUAAUCUAAUUCAAAUUGAUACAUCUUCAUUUGAAGUUGGCAAUAAAACUGUCAAUACUUUAUCUAAGCCAAACCAAUCAAAUACAUCAAGAACAGACACCAAAGGAGAAGAUUUGAAAUCAAAUAAUAUAUUGAAAAUGACUGAAAAUACUAGGCAAAAGACAGCAAAUGAUACACAGACACUAGGAGUGAGUGACAAAAUAAAAGACACGGCAGAUGUGUUGCAGAACACUAAUAAAAUCUCAGAAGUUGAUCUGGAGAAAAGAACAGAUAUCAAGGAAGUAACUAAAGUGACUGAUACCGAAAAACCGAAAGUGAAGAACAUUGAAAGACAGAAUUCAGAGCAAAAUUUGAAAGAUGAAAAGAAAAAGAUAUUUAGUAUCCCUGACAAACAAUCAUCAGAGCAGAUGGAAUAUGGCAAACCACAAAACAUUAGUGAUGAAAACAAGGAGAAAUCAACAGAAAUGACAAAGGAGAUUAAGAAUGAUGUUUCAGCAACAGUAAACCUGGUACCAAUGAUGAAGAUGGGAAAAGUUCCUGUGGACUUUGUGAUGCAAGAAUCAUCAAAUAAAGUGAAAAAGAUAAUGGCUAUGGAAAACAUGGCAAUUAAUGUUGAGAGUGAGACAAAACACACAGUUGUCAAAGCCACAGAGCAUGCUUUGAAUGAAACACAAGCUGUAGAACCAGAAACUACCUCAGAUGCACUACAUACAGGAGACAAAAAUGGAAAUGUAGAUUCCAAGAUUAAAGGCCAUGCACAAGAUGCAAAAGAAGCUACAGAUCAACAACCACAGAAUAAACUAGAAAACAAAACUCCUUUAAAGAACAAUAAUAAGGAAGUUAAAGAUGAAAAGCCAAAUGUUAACUCAAAAAGUCCUACAACACCUCCUAAUCAGUAUAUCGACAUCAACCUGAAAAAUAUGACUCACAUCUAUGCAAGUGAUGGCCAACAAGUUUGCAAUGCAUUUAACAUGUCAAAGAUCUCUGGUAGUGACUGUCCAGGAACCUGUAAUCAGCAUCACCUGUCUUUGCCUCUCUAUAAUUCAUACACAAAGACAGAUAUGAGUGUUUCACAGACAGAAGAGAUUGAGGUACUGAGAGAUGCAAAGGGAAAUGCUUGCUUCUUUAAUAUGUCUCAGAAAAUGAUAUGCAACAACUUCAAUUCAGAUGAUGGAUGCAAAAACAAAAACUGUUUUAUGGUGCAUCUCUCCUUCUAUAAUAUUUUUUACUCAUAUUUUAGGAGGAAAUUGAAAUGCCAAACAUCCCCUACUUGUGUAGAAAGAGGACAUAAAAGUCUCCCUGGCACAAAUGCUGCUUCUCAUACAGACAAUAAGUUGUGCAAGCCUGUAAUGGAAGCAGCAAUACAAUGUGAAGAGCAAGUAGAAAAAACUUCCAUUCACAAGAAAGAUCAAAGCAAAGAAAAAAGUCAAUAUACAAGUGUUGAAAAAUGCUGCAUGGAAAACCAAACAUCAGUAAAUGAAGACUCCACAAAGAGAUUCCAAAAAGAUCUGUCAACACAUCACCAGGCAGAUAAAGGAGGAAAGCAAGAACCAGGAAAACCUACAACUUCUAAGAAUGAACCUACAAAACCUGAGAACUCAGACAAUAACCAGACAGAUUUAUUGAAAACAGAGCAGAGCAUAUCAUCUGAUCCAAAGACGUAUGACCCAACCUGUAAAGGCAAUGCGAGAGAUAUAGAAAGGACCAGCCAUUCCAUGACAAUCUCUGGGGAAUACAAAGAUGAUAUGGUCACCGUUAUAAAUGUAAAGACAGUUAGACGUUAUCCAGUUUGCAAAUUUUUCAACACCCCUAGAGGAUGUCAACGGUGGAACUGUCGAUAUCAACAUGUAAAGAACAAAACGAAAUAUCAUUCCAAGCAAAAACAUAAUACAUACUCGCCAAACUUCAUCUGGUCAAAUCGUAAAAGACAACAAAACACAUUCUUAGCUGCAGGACAAAAACAACCAGAGAAAAUGAAAAAAUUUGAUAUUCAACCAAGAAAACUAAAUGAACAGAAAUGUGAAAAGACUUCUGCUCAGGAACCAGCUAUAUGCAAAAAUACCGAAAGUCAAGAGAAGAAAUUAAAUUCUAAAGCUGACCAAGAAAGUGGAAUAAAUAAUCAGAAUAAAAUAAUUCCAUGUGCUGAAAGAAAUGUGAGUACACCAAGAGAGGCACCAAACCUAUCUGAAAACAGUGGUAAAAUUGGGACUGAAUAUGGCAUGAAUGAAAAAGAAAGGAGCAAUCAAAACACAACAGGUGAUGAGAGAAAAACAAAAGACACCACUGCAAUUUCUACAGUCACUGAAAAUAAGGUCACAAAAUAUACAAAAAGUGCUCCAACAAGCAUAAAAAGAAAACAAGAUUAUGAUAUGCCACACAGGGCAGCAAAGAUCCCUCGGCAAAAUAGGGACUUCAACUGGCAAGCUCUACUGGCAAGACAGCAUUCUACUCUCAAUCAUAAUAAUUAUAAUUACCAUCAAGCAAACACAACAUUAGCUUCUGAACAAAACAAUAUGGCUGAGAGGUGGCGUCCUGAUAUGGCUGAGAGGUUGUGCCCUGAUUUCAAUACCGCUUGGGGAUGUCGCUAUCCACAUUGGGCAUGCUCCUAUAUUCACGACUAUGCUGACGAUGUUCAGUUCUAAACAUAUUCACUGUUAUACUGCUUAUUGUUGAAAUUGCAACUAUUGUUUUAAACCUGUUUUGUCUAUUCAUAAUUAUUAUUUUCAACUUUGAAAUUAAAUCAGUUCCCUGAAUUACAU